AUGCUCCGUAGAGCGUCCAGUGCAGUUGAGAAAUCUCUUUGGAGUGAGAAGGGGCGUGCUCAACUUCAACAACUUUUCUACGACGUCGAAAGACUUGUCCUAGAAUUUCAAUCGCCAGCUUGCAGCGCGCUUCAUUUUUCUCCUCUCAGCAGCGAGCUUCGCCGGUGUUUUCGCAUUCUCAUUGCACAAGACAAGCCUCAAGUAUCACGUAUGCCAGUAUUGAGACCUCAUUGGUCGGCUCGGGUCCUCACUAUUGAUACAGUGGCAUCCUUGCCUUCUGGGCAUCCGUCGGUUGAAGAUGCCACCUCUCGCCAAGUCAUAGGUGUUGCGAUUUCUCCUAACGGCACCAGGGUAGUCUCUUGGGAACAAAGCGGUCGCUUGCAUCUGUGGGACAUCCUCUCUGGUCGCCUUGUCGCAUCAUCUCGCUUCCAAGCUCCCUUUACCUCUCAUUGCUCUCAUGGCAACACCGUACGGUCUGAAGCGGCCAUCACGUUCUCGUCUGACAAUACCUCCGUCCUCUUGAUUUCCCAUCUUAAGAUUUUCUUGUGGAAGUGCUCUGAGAGUGUCGACAACGAGGAUCCGUUGCUCAUGCUGAGUGGCGAAGAAGGGCCUGCACUUUGUUGCGCUCUGGCCAGGCGGAACUUUCGUGAUUUGAUGGUUGUGGGGAGAGCGCGUGGUAUCUCGACAUGGCAAUGGAUGUGGUCUAGAUGGGUACUCUCGAGUUCAAAGCCCGUCUCAUCCUGCACAACGACGGUGUCCAUCUCUCCUAGCGGUCAGUAUGUCAUGACUUCUGAGUGUGCCAGCACUACCGUGUAUCUUCGAAGCGCGGAUGAUCUGGCUGUUGUCAGAAUAUUUCCCGUUGGUACAAAUCCACUGCUGGACUUGCUCCUCUGUCACAUGUUCAUUGGCGACUAUGCUCUUGUCCUUUGGUCAUCUCGGCAGGAUGAUGGACUUGUUGCUACUUACCUGGAGAUUCCACGUACAACUCUCGGACCGGUUCUGAGACGGGUUGCUUCACUUCGUUUUAAAAGCGAACUGCAAGGACGUCCUAGCAAGCUCAAGGCAGUCCGUCUUGAUAAUCACCUCGUCGCACUUGAGGUUGAUAAACGAUUCUACUCUGGAAACGGGACGAUACUGACUGCGUGGUCACCUGAAAAGCCACUCUCAGUUGGCAGUUACGCCCGCGCUGCGGUCAUAUCGGACGAAGGUUAUCACAUCUACAUCUGGGAUCCCUCCAUCUCUGCAGAGGAUUAUGGGAUUUCGUGGCUUCCUAAUUCCAACCCACUCGUUCCGGCCUCGACGUCACCUCUACCAUUUGGACCUUCUACGUUUAGAUCUGGGUCUGUGUCAGCAGACAUGACCAAGCGGGACACCAGGGGCAGAGAAGCAGCCACGCCAAGGGUCUGGUUUCGAGGACAAAACUCUCAAGACGAAACAGCGUCUCAAUCCGCUGGACGAGGCACAUAA